GGAGAGGGGGGUUCUACAGCUCCAGAGGCAGGCGGGGCUGAGGCGGCUGGCCAAGGGCCCAGCACAUAACUCUGGGCGGUUGCAGUCUGGGGCCUCAGACAACCAGCCGCUCUGAGCCGAACCGACAGCAUGAAGGCCCUCCUGGCCCUGCCGCUGCUGCUACUUCUCUCAACACCUCUCUGCAGCCCCCAAGCCACUGGGAUCCGAGGAGAUGCUCUAGAGAAGUCUUGCCUUCAGCAGCCCCUGGACUGUGAUGACAUCUAUGCCCAGGGCUACCAGGCAGAUGGUGUGUACCUCAUCUACCCCUCGGGUCCCAGCGUGCCAGUGCCUGUCUUCUGCGACAUGACCACUGAGGGCGGCAAGUGGACGGUCUUCCAGAAGAGAUUCAAUGGCUCAGUGAGUUUCUUCCGGGGCUGGAAUGACUACAAGCUGGGCUUCGGCCGUGCAGACGGGGAAUACUGGCUGGGGCUGCAGAACCUGCACCUCCUGACACUGAAGCAGAAGUACGAACUUCGAGUAGACCUGGAGGACUUUGAGAACAACACAGCAUAUGCCAAGUAUGUUGACUUCUCCAUCUCCCCCAAUGCAGUCAGUGCCGAGGAAGAUGGCUACACACUCUACGUGGCAGGAUUCGAGGACGGCGGGGCAGGUGAUUCCUUGACCUACCACAGUGGUCAGAAGUUCUCCACCUUUGACCGGGACCAGGACCUCUUCGUGCAGAACUGCGCAGCCCUCUCCUCAGGAGCGUUCUGGUUUCGCAGCUGUCACUUUGCCAACCUAAAUGGCUUCUACCUGGGUGGCUCCCAUCUCUCCUAUGCCAAUGGCAUCAACUGGGCCCAGUGGAAGGGCUUCUACUACUCCCUUAAGCGCACUGAGAUGAAAAUCCGCCGGGCCUGAGAGGCUGGCCCUGUCCCGCUCCACCCCUUCCCUGGCUUUCUGCAUCUCCAUGAGUAUUCCUCUCCCCUCCGGGCCCAAUAUGAUGUUUCUGCUGCUCCCUGCACACCAGCUUUUCAGGCAGCCUUGCAACUCUCAGCCUUUGCUGAUCCCUGUCACACACGUAGGGUGACCAUUUCUAAGCCUCCAGCCCGUCCCCACAGCUGAGAGUCAGGACCCACCCUCCAGGCAUGGGUGUUUGUGUCCCACCUUAGCCAGCUUCCUCACUGUGGACCUCUCUGUCUGGGGCACCCCAGACUGAGCAAUGCAGUUUCACUAGGACCCACAGUGUAUUCCAGGCCACUUGGGAAGCCACUGCACUCCAGCACUCCUGUCCAUUCUUAGACCACCUCCCAUCUUUGUCCUCCUUUUCACCAACUUACUCCUUAUGGUGAGCACUGUGGACCCUCAGCCCCACCUCACCACCAUACUCCACAUCCUCCCCCAGCCUAUCCCAGCUCCCCAAAUCUCAAUGCCAAAACAGUAUUCACCACAGCUACUGCAAGACACCCUGAAACAGCUACAGGCAAGGUAGGCAUGGGAAUGAGGUCCCCCACCUGCCCCAGGGAUUGAGGUUUGGUCAUGUGAGGGACAGAGAACAAGCUAUGGGGCUGGGAGCGUGUGGGGAGUGGAGGUCUCAAUAAACCUUCAGGACCUGAA